AUGGUCACAAGCAUCCUCGCGCGGCCUCUAUGGCGGCAGCAGGCCCCUCUCCUCCGAGUCGGCACUCUACACCAGAAAUCCUUCAUCUUUCAGCGGCAACCCUUUUCCUCCUACUUUGUCACCCCCAAAGAAGUCAACGAGGCACUUAGUAAGAAUGCUCCCACAGCUAUAUCUACGGAUCCGAAAGUCGUCCCGAUCUGUGCAGCCUGGUUCAUGCCGAACGACCCUGAGAAGAGGACCGGCCUUGAGGUUUUCAAGAAGAAGAGAAUACCGACAGCGAGGUUCUUUGACAUUGACGAGAUAAAGGACAAGGAGUCUGAGUAUCCGCACAUGCUCCCUACAUGUGACGAAUUUGCCGAUGCUAUGUCCAAGCUCGGUGUCAGGAAGCAUGAUGAGCUGGUCAUCUACGACACUGAAGAGCUAGGAUUGUUCUCGGCGCCUCGAGUUGCGUGGACGAUGCGCGUCUUUGGUCACCCAAAGGUCCACGUACUCAACAAUUUCCGUCUCUGGGUCAAGGAAGGCUAUCCUGUCGAGACUGGACCACCUCAGGUUCCGAACAUCACUAAAUACCCAGUGCCCAGCUACAACACCGAUAUGGUUGUAAAGUUCGCCGAAAUGAAGACGAUUGGCUACGAUUAUGGAAAAGAAGGCGCCGAGGAGAUCCAGAUUUUAGACGCCCGGUCAAAGGGCAGAUGGGAAGGGACUGACCCAGAGCCUCGACCUGGUCUCAAGUCAGGACAUAUGCCAGGCUCCACAAGCCUCCCGUUCAAUGAGCUCCUUGACCCGGAAACAAAGGCAUUACUUCCUAAAGAAGAAUUGAUCAAAAUCUUCGAAGCUAAGGACAUUGAUUCCAAGAAGCCGAUCAUCACCAGCUGUGGCACCGGAGUCACUGCAGCCAUCAUUGAAGCUGCUCUCAAGGAGGCGGACUUUGGAACAGAGAAUGACCGAAGGCUCUAUGAUGGCAGCUGGACGGAAUGGGCCUUGCGCGUCUCGCCAACGAGUGGCCUCAUCCAAUCCAGCAAGACUUCAAAAUGA